AUGGCAACAUACAUAACAGUCGAUUCCCUGAAAGUACUAUUUGUGCCGAUCUUCGGUGUCGGUCAUGUGAACGCCUGUAUCAGUAUUGCCGAGACAUUGAUAGACAGCGGACACGACGUGUGGUUCACAGUCAACGGCUUUUGGUCGGGAAAACUGACCAAAUAUGGCGUCAAAGAGGUAUUGCUCGACAAAUCUGACUCACCGAUGGAUGCGGACAAUAUGGCCGAUGCGGCUAAAUAUAUGGUCACUUCGGGUAAGAUUGGAGGCGAAUCGGCCCUUCAGAAAGCCCGGAGUCGGGGCACUACUAUUGAGUUGAAGAUGAAAUACGUACAGUAUUUAGACGAACAGCUCGAGCGCCUGUUGCCCGCCAUUCGGCCCGAUGUCAUAGUUGUGGAUCAGUUCAUGACAUUGCCAUCAGUGGAGUUGUCGGGCAUACCGUGUGUCUGGUCCUGGAGUGCCGGACCACUCGUGAUGCUCGACGAUGAGAGGGCACCGCCCGCAGCAUCAGGACUGUCCGCUACGGGAGACAAAAGAUUAUGGCAAGAGUUUCGGCAAAUCAGACGCAAUGGCACCGCAGACUCGUGGCGAGUGUUCAACGACUGGGUGGUCGGCCGGGGCUGCGAACCACUGCCCGAAUACGCUCUCAAAAAUCCCAACAAUUAUCUCAAUAUAUACGGCUAUCCCCUAGAGUUAGACUAUCAGGACAUCCGUCCGUUGGGCCGUAAUUUUGUCCGCUUAGAUAAUCUUAAGCGCACCGAACAGUACAUGACUUUUACUUUACCGCAAGAGUUGGCCGCAAAGCCGGGAAAAUUAGUCUAUUUUUCUCUCGGAUCGAUGGGUGCGGCAGAUGUGAUAAAUAUGCGCCGACUUGUGGCCAUUUUGGCCAAAUCUUCGCAUCGGUUCAUCGUAUCAAAGGGUCCGUUGCAUAUGGACUACACUCUGGCCGACAAUAUGUGGGGCGAGGCGUCUGUGCCUCAGAUCCGAGUCCUACCUCUUGUAGAUCUGGUGCUAACACACGGCGGCAAUAAUACGGUCACCGAAACCAUGUUCUUUGGGAAACCGAUGAUAGCUAUGCCUCUGUUUGGCGAUCAAUACGAUAACGCGCAGAGACUUGAGGACAAGGGCUUUGGUCUACGACUGGACGCAUACAAGUGCUCAGAGGAGGAGUUGUUGGCAGCGAUCGAGAGUUUGCUUAAUGACAGUGCAAUGACUGAACGCUUGGCCGAAGUCUCCCGAAGAAUACAAACGGAUAAUAGUUUAGCAAAAUUGCCAAAACUUAUUGAGGAUUUUGUUCAAAAUGCGCGCAAAUAUAUUAGUAAUUAA